AUGAAAAUCAUAUUAAAAGCAAAUAAUAUUUUAUUUUUAUUUUUUUCAAAACAAAUCAAUGCUUUUCUUACUGAACAACCAUCACCAGUCCUUUCAAUUAUAUCAUGUCCAACAAAAUCAUUAUCACAGAAAAUAUGUUUUGUUUUUAGUGGACAAUGUCCACAAUUAUAUGAAAGUGAACCUUUAUUUAAUAAAUGGAUUCAUUUAAUUGAUGGAGAAAUGACAAAAAUUAAUAAUGAAUCUCGUAUUAAUAAUACAAAUAUUGCUCAACCAACAUUAUUUACUAUACAAGUUGCAUUAACAGUUUCAUUUAUUUCAUGGAAUAUUUAUCCAUCAUCUAUAAUAUCACAUAGUGCUGGUGAUCAAGCAGCUGCUUUUGUUGCUGAUCGUUUAAGUUUAGAAGAAGCUGUUCGUAUGUUAGCUGUUUCAAUGGGUGAAGAAGAAACAGAAAAUAAACUUUUGAAAGGUAUUGAACAUCUGGCUUGUAUUGCUGUUGUUAAUAGUUCUCGUUCAGUGACAAGAAGUAGUGAUGAAAAACAACAAAUACUUUCAAUCUCUUAUCCAAAUGUACUUGAAGCAUGUGUUGAUGAAGCAGCAAAUGUUUUUCUUGAAAUUUCACUACAUCCAGUUUUAGCAAAAUCAAUUCGUGAAUGUUAUGAAUUAACAAAUCAACAACAAUCAUCACCACUUAUUCUUCUAACAUUAAAAAGAAAAGAAAAUGAACAAAUAAUAUUACUUACUAGUUUAGCACAACUUACAACACCAUCUCAUGUAUGGAAACAAUAUUUUCAUACUCGUCAAAUUUUACCUAUGAAAAAUUAUGAAGAAUAUUUUGAUAAUUUUCCAUUAUAUAAAUUUCAUCUGAGUCCAUGUUAA